AUGUUAGAAGAAGACGUUAUUGCUUUCGAUGAUGAUCCUACUAACCCACACCUAUUUACAAAGGUUCGUGGUGUAUUUGCUUGUGAGAAGCGAGUUAUGCUCAUUGGCCCUUCAAAUUCUGGAAAAACAACAUUUCUGACCCAAUUAAAAGGCAUGUCAACGCCAAAUUUUGGUCAAUCUGAUUACGAUAACUUCAGAUCGAUUAUAUCAGAUAACGUUGUUUCGUUUUUGCAACAGACUGUCGAUGCAAUCGAAAGAAAAGAGGUAGAAAUACCUCCACCAUUAAGGAAAGCAGUUGAUCCAUACUGUAACAUACGUACAAGUGGCAUUGAUCUUGAUACUAAUGAUAUAAGAAGAUUAAAAGCGAUUUAUGCAUCGCAAUUUAUGCAGAAAGAAAUGGCCCCUCUUGCUGAUAUUCAACACCAACAUAUCAACUACAUUAUGAGAAAUCUUGAUGCUUUAUUAAAUCCAGAAUAUCAACCUACUUUAAAUUCAAUGACCAGAGUAAGAGUAAGGACAGUUGGAGUGAACCGAAAAGCCUUUGCUCAUGGAGACGAUAUUAUACAAGUACUAGACUGUGGCGGCGCCAGAUCUGAAAGAGGAAAAAUUCAUUUGAAUACCGACAUUUCAAAGAUUAUAUUUUUUGUUUCAUUAAGUGACUUCGAUCUUCCUCUCUACGAAAUUGACACUGUCAAUAGAUUUGAUGAUGCACUUGAGUUUUAUCAACAGAUUUGUCAAGAUCCACUUUACGAAAGAUGCCAAAUCUCAUUGAUUUUGACUCAUAUUGAUAAGUUAAAGGAUAAACUUCAGCCCGAUGGCCCAUUUAUUCAGAGAUUCCCUAAUUUUUCUGGAAAUCUUUCAGAUCCAAUUGAAUGCGCUAAUUAUAUUGGCUCAACGUUUGUAUCUUCUACAACAAGGCAAGUCAAUUAUUACAUAUGUAACCUUAUUGAUUCAAAUACAACGCGUGAAUUAAUCAAAAAAUUAAUUCCUUUCCAUUGA